AGAGAGGAUUGCCCUCAUCGUGUUGAUCGCCAACCUUGCCUUCAAGCAGGAUCGUUGCUAGCUACCACAAUGUGAAGAUCACUAUGAAAACAGGAGGAAGCUAGUCCAGAUAGCUAAUUAGCUACCACCCAUUUGGCUAUUGGACAACCCAGGAAUCUUUCAGCAGGGUCUUGGGUUGGUGAGAAUUGCUCCUCGGGUCAGCAGCUCCGGUGCUUGGUUAUAAAUGUGACGGACAGCACCAACACAUCCAGCUUCACUAUGGGUCAAGAUCGGGGAAAGUAUGAUUUCUAUAUCGGACUGGGAUUAGCCAUUAGCUCAAGCAUUUUCAUCGGUGGAAGCUUCAUCCUCAAGAAGAAAGGGCUACUUCGCCUGGCCAGGAAGGGGUCCAUGAGAGCAGGUCAGGGAGGUCAUGCAUAUCUGAAGGAGUGGCUUUGGUGGGCCGGUUUAUUAUCAAUGGGAGCUGGAGAAGCUGCCAACUUUGCUGCCUACGCCUUCGCCCCUGCCACCCUUGUCACCCCUCUGGGAGCCCUCAGUGUGCUAGUGAGCGCGGUCCUGUCCUCGUACUUCCUUUCGGAGCGUCUGAACCUGCACGGGAAGCUGGGCUGCCUGCUGAGCAUCUUGGGCUCCACCGCCAUGGUGAUCCACGCACCCCAGGAGGAGGAGAUCAGCCGGCUGGAGCACAUGGCUCAGAAGCUGGUGGACCCAGGGUUCGUGGUCUUCGCCACGUUUGUCAUCAUCGUGGCUCUCAUCUUCAUCUUCGUGGUGGGCCCGCGCCACGGCCAGACCAACAUCAUGGUGUACAUCACCAUCUGCUCGGUGAUCGGAGCGCUCUCCGUGUCGUGCGUGAAGGGGCUGGGCAUCGCCAUCAAGGAGGCCAUCGCCGGGGUGUCAGUGGUGGGAAACCCCCUGGCCUGGAUCCUGCUGCUGGGCCUGGUGGCCUGCGUGAGCACCCAGAUCAACUACCUGAACAAGGCCCUGGACAUCUUCAACACGUCCCUGGUGACGCCCAUCUACUACGUGUUCUUCACCACCUCGGUGCUCACGUGCUCGGCCAUCCUCUUCAAGGAGUGGGAGCACAUGGGCUCGGCCGACGUCAUCGGCACGCUGGGCGGCUUCCUCACCAUCAUCGUGGGCAUCUUCCUGCUGCACGCCUUCAAAGACAUCACCGUCAGCCUCUCCUCCCUGGCCGUCUCCAUGAGGAAGGACGACAAGGGGACGCCGGCGGCGGCCGCCGCCGCACCCAACGGCCUGGCCUCCCACAGCCCCUACGAGCUGCUGCUGCGAAGCGACUCCACGGAGGACAUGGAGGUGGGCCUGCCCUUCGAUAGCCUCUCCAGGAGAAACGGCGUGAUGACUUCCUCUUAGGGACCGGAGGGGGAUGUAGCUGUGGCCGACCCCCUUAGGGACAGGAAGUAGAUUUGAAUCUCCUCCAUUAGGGACAGGAAGUACCGGUACCUCUAGCGCCCCCACCAGGGACAACAGAACCAUUACAUUGGUGUGUGGACGUUUCAUGUAUAUUUGAAGAAGAAAAAAAAAACUUAAGACAAUCAACACUAAUGGAGGUGGUUAAUAACUUGGAUGGACCAAUCGAUUGUACUUCAUUUUAAUUUGCCUUAUUUUCUCAGAAUAUGACUUGACUACAUGGUUGUUCUCCAUCACAUUCCCAUGUAGCUUUGUAGUUCUAUAAGUUUUUGAAAACCUUUUGUUAUACUUCAUGUACAGAGAUCUGCUUAUACAUGCACUGAGUUUCUUUCUACAAAUAAAUUAAUCUACACUUA